AUGACAGCAGCGUCAAACACGUCCCCACGUGCAUUACGCGCUGCUCAACGUGGAGAGGAGUCGCGGCCACACGAGCAGCGACGCGGGGAGCUGGGGGGCCGGGAGGGAAUAGCAACACCUGAGGAGUUGGCGGAGGACCAGGAGGCAGGGGGCGAUGCGGCUGCGGCCGCGGCGGCAGCGGGAAAUGCCGCAACAAUGACGGAGCUGGAGGCGGCUGUGAUGGUUGAGGCUGUGGUGGCUGCGGGGCCGGAGGGGCUUGCUGCUGAGGCGACUGGGGCGGAGGUUGCUGCUGAGUCUGACGGGCCUGACGCUGCCUUUGGCGGCGGCUCAGCCUCACCCUCUGCCAUCCCCCAGGCGUGGCAGCCGGAGGAGCCGGCACCAGCAGUGGCUCAGGAACAGACCGAGGAGGUGGAGCUGGCGGUGUCACCGGAGCCUGUGACGGCGUCUGUGCUGGCCGCGGCGGUGACGGCGGCGGCAGGGGAACAGGACGGAGCCCUGGCCGAGGAGGAUGCGCAGACUGCCGCUGCAAGCGCCGGAACGUCUGCUGCUGCCGAGGGCGCAAGCAAGCAGGGGCACGGCCGGGGGGGGGAGCGAAAGACGGGUGUGACGAGAGCACAAGGCAUUACCUGGGGCCCGCCAAGGGUUGGCCAGGCAACGCCGAUGCUGGCGCCGUGGAUCCCGGCGGGAAUACCGCAACAGACCGGCCGAGGCGAGCAGAACGCCGGCACCAGGGGCGGAGCUACGGCUCGCGGAACGAGGGGAGGAGGGCGAGGUGCCAGAGGGGGACGGGGCGGAAGGGGUCCAAUCGUUGGCGGAAGGGUUGCGCUCGUGCGAACGGGAACGUGGCGGGAACGCCACGACCGACCGGAGCAAGCGGAGCCAGCGACGAAUCAAAACGAAGAUGAUGAGGCCAACAUAGAGGAGGGGGAAGAAUAUAUAGCUGAAUCGGCGGAGCCAUCUGAGGAAAUCUCGUUGGAGGACGAGGAGGAUGUACGCGUGGCGAGAAGGGCUGGGGAACGAAGGAGAAACCAGAGCAGCGGGCUAAACCCCCAGGCCGAUAACCCACAGGGGACGAGAAUUAGGAACGAGGAGGUGAAUGGAGAGAGGGGAAACCCUCGGGUGGUGGGAGAGAACGGGGACGCACCCAAUGAGGGACAGAGUGACUCAGGGGUCCGAUCACCGUCUGACCUGGCGGACGACACUGUCAUCUGGGAGCUGGCAGCCACGUGGGAGAAAUACCCACUCCAAAAAGGGGACCAACCCUUCGUGGUGCGCAGAAUGCCGCCCAAGAUCCUGGAAAGCUACACGCUCUGCCUCCUGGCGCCACUCAUUAGUCUCUCGAAAUAUCCUGACUGCCCAGGUGCAUGGGCGAUCCUGCAGUAUUUGCCGAGGCUGACGUUGCGUCCGGCCCCUGAACCUGUUGAAGGCAGUCGGUGGACGGCAAUAGAGCUGCGCCCGCACCAGUUCCAACUCGGCAUCUGGCAGCCCCUCUACACCGACGCAUGUGUCAUCCCCGACAACGAGAGUCCGAUACGACACCAACCAGAUGACGCAGGUUUAUGCGCAAGGGCGGAGGGUUUGAUACGUAAAGGAAACAUUUCCAAGGCGGUUGCGGCGUUACGAACUACACCGCUCGCAGAAGCCACGGCUGUGACGUUGCAGCACUACGUGGCUUAA